UCUGAAACAGUUUUUUGAAUCACAUAAAAGAACGUGCUCAUUGAUUGUUCUCGCUUUCUGAUAUUUACGUAGUUUUACGUUUUUAUUAGCAUAUCUGUUGUGUGGUACACAAAAAAAAUUAAUGGCCAGACAUUGACGUAAACAUGUAGUGCAUCAAAAGACCUUUACUUAGCAUAUUCAGUCUACAUCAGGCCGGCAGUGAGUGUGGUGGUGAGGACUAAUUUCUAGUGUGAUGCAAUGUACAGGAUUAAUAGUAGAUUAUUGAAUGCAUUAAACUGAAGGUAAAAAUCGUGGUUGGAUUUUAUAUACAUGACUUUGGAUUUCAACAUCUCUUCUAGACAUUUAUCUACCGGUGCACAUUCGAUCAAAUCUACACAAAAAAACACGCUACAAUGCUUGUUUUGAAAGUGUUGUUAUACCUGAGUGUUCAUAUUGUUGCAGUCACCUGCGUUAACUCAGUUCCUCAUGAUAGAAAUUCCAGGGAAGGAGAAUGCACACACAACAACAAGAACCUACAUUCAAAUUGUACUGUCAAUUUUCAUGGAUAUGAGGUCAAAGUGUACACGCAGUUAUUCCGUUGCAGUCACCCGACAGAAAUAAUGGUGAUAACUCAGAUUGAUGGGCUCAAUGUUGACUAUGCACGGGUGUUUGCAAACCAUGAAGAGCGGGUGCCUGUGAAGGGGUACAGUGGGGUCUUUAUCCACGUCCAAAUGCAGCCAAUAUUAGUACCAGAUUCAAUCCAGGUUACGGUGUCAUAUUAUACAUUUGAUCGCUUGGAAACGGUUGCCUAUGACCGCAAUGUUACCCUUUACACUGAGCUGUGUCCCCCGCAAAGUAAAGAUGAGGAAAUGUUGUCACCAUUUGCUAUCACAGUCAUCGCAGCACUCGCAUUUGUGAUCAUGGCUGGAAUGAUAUCAUUCAUUAUACUCUACAAACUCCAUCAGCGGCGUGCCAUACAGCAUUCCAAGCUAGUGUCGCAUAUGGAGUCGACCGCGAUGACAAAUCCUUAUCAAGUUGGUCCUUCAGAGGCCUCUCUCCGUGUUGAAUAUAAGAUCACAAAAGAGUCACAAAAGACAAUUGAUAAAGAUGAGGUUUACAUAAACCCAGGAGCAGUGCAGAAAAACGUUGCAGCACAACUUGUAGACAUUGAUGCAACCCGCUGUAGGCCCAAGCCAAGCAAUUCCAAAAAGGUUUAUGUUAACCCAACUAACACCAGCCUGCCUGUGGAUCAGAUAGGGAGUAACCCAUGAUAACAAAUUGUAGGCCAAAUCUAAGCAACUCAAUUUGUGGAUCACAUGAUGGCCUAACUAGCUCCAUUGGAUCAGAUACAAUAGGAAAUGACAUUGAUCUAACCUGCUGUACGUAGGCACAUGCAGUGGCUCAGUGGACAAAGGUUUAGUUCAUGUUGACCCAGUCUGCACCAAACCGCUUGGUUCAGACAAAAGCAAGCAUUGAUAACUCAGUGUAGGCCCAAGACCAAUAACUCAGGUUCACUUAACACAAAACUAGCACCAUGCCAUCCAUGGUACCAGACACCAACCUGUGACACUAAUAUUUCUUCAUUUUAUAUCUUCCAUCAAACAUAGUCAGUAAAUUUUUUGAACAUGAUUCAGAAGAGUUAUUCAAGAAAAUUAUUGAGACUCAAUGCAAUGCUCAAACAUACAUUCUACUCCUGUUGGAUUUCAAAUACAGUACAAUUUAUUUGAAAGCAAUAUAGUAUUUGAUACUGCAAUAAUUCUGUGUGUUCUUAAUAUCAUUUACUGACCAAUGUAGGCAAGAUUUUUGAUUAAUGUUUCUGAACCAUAUUUGCAAUAGGGGUUCUGCCAACAAGGCAGUGUUUAUCCCUCUUUUACAUUGGAGGCUGAGAGUGGUUUCCUUCCAUGAGACUGGACAUGCAAAGCUUGCCAUUCAUUUUAUUUAAUUUGUUGUAUUAUUUAACACUGGCAGUGGAUUACUGUAUCUAUUCUUGUUAAUUUCAUAAAAAUAUAUACAUGUAAAACAGUGUUCUAAAUUUUGUUUUUAUGAUAUUGUAUAUUUCAGUUUUUAUAUUUUUAACUUCACAUUGUUUUCAGUCAUUUUUAUUAAUUAGGAAUUUAAUUAAUUUUGAAGCUUUAUUUUAUAAAAUAAUCAGGGUGAAUUUAGUGGGUAGGAUCCCUGCCCCCCCCCCCCCCCUCUUUUUUUUGGAAAGUAAAGGGAAAAAAAGAAAUUAUUGAUCGUCCAAAACGCAUCAGAUGUUAUUUCUGGGUGUCUAACAAACAAAAAUUUAGCGGGGAAUGCUCCCGUCCCCUAGGAUAGUGUUGUUUGUCGAUCACGCCCCUCACCCACCUGCUUAGGACAUCUCUGAAUCUGACCCUGAUACAAGGAAUAAAUUCAACAUGUUUUGUGUCAUAGUUUAAACUGUUUUACAGAGUUUGUGCAAUUUUCUUUAGCAAAAGUAAUCAUAAUAAAUUGGUGUGUUGCCCAAGCAAAGUCACAAUUGAAAAGCAGACUAUAUUUUUGAGAUGUUAGGAGGUUAUUCUGGCUUGAGCAACACUGACACAUUUUUUAGCCAAAUGUACAUUAACAGCAGCAAAUGCAGGAAUAAUAACACCGAAAAAUAAGUAUAAAACAUAAUAUGAUACAAUCAAGUAAUAUAAGUUAAUUUAUCUCAAGGUUUACCAUGUACUGGGCCUGAACAAAAUAAUACAAAUUAACAAUAUUGUAUUUAAGUUUGUUUCUUGAUACCGAAGUUUAAUAAAUCUACUUGGUGCUAAUGCCAAAUUAUUGUUUUUUAAAGAUCUAGGUUAAAUGUUUCUCAAACGUAUUUAUUUACAGUACAGUACUAACUUUAGUACUGUAUUAUGCAGUAAGUUAUUAAAUAUCACCAUCUCUGUAGAAUUCCAGUCAUGUUUCUUAAUUAUUACUCAAUGAAAUUACUACUAAAGUGUGUACAUUUGUUUUUUCAGUAUAUAUAUAUAUUGUAAAUCAUUAAAUGUAUGUCUGAGUGAAGAUAUUCCACCUUCUAUCCUGAUGAUUAAAAAAUAAAUACAUAAAUAAGUUAAUUCCUUGUUGCUUGCCAUAAACAUGUAUUACAUUUAUAAAUUGUGCACAUCAUAAUUGAAACAGACAUCAACAUUAACAUAAAUUUUCAUGAAGCCGUAAUAGCAUCUGCUUUUUUUGUACCAUUGUAGAUCAUUGCUGUGAGGGCACAUGGCAGGUGAGGGCAGGUGGUUUGAGCUCUAUCCUCACUUAUUGAUUGAGCUAUAUUUCUGCUUUGACUAUUGUGUACAUUGUUUUUGCUAGAAUAAAUGAUAACUGGAAGUUGUAAUUCUUUGUAAAAAAAAAAUGAAUGAAUAUUAACCUGCAAUAUAGCCAAUACUGUGAGAAAUGUAUACUGUAUUAUGUAUGUACGGUAAUUAGGUUCUAUGCAAUAAAUCUACAAAAUACAAUGUUCUAUACAAGACUGUAAAGUUUAAAUGAAUUUAUCAACAGUUUCUGAUACAAUAUUCGAUGGUAUAUGGUUUAAAGAACAGGGGAAGGUCAAAUGGAUGGAGGAUCAGCCAUUUCUUUCAAUUAAAGGUUUCAGGUCACUGUAUAAACUUUGCAGAAAUAUUAAUAAAAUCAUGUACAGUAUACAAAAUAUAAAAUUUAUAAAUGUAUAAAUUAUAAGUAUAAUAAUGUAUAAUGUAAACUUAAAAAUAAGAAUUUAUUAAUUAAUUAUUAUUUGAUGAAACACAUUUUAAAUACUUUAAUCAAAAUCCCUUUAAAUGUACGUAAUUUUUAUUCCUUUUAUUUCUAAAUAAGUUGUAAAUAUUCAUUAGUAUGUAAGCAUUGCUGUGUUAAAUAUUUCUAGAUUCCUUUCUUUUUACAUUUUAACUGCUUGUAAAUUAUGCGUACUUACAUAGACAGUACUACUUGUGUGUCUUUAAGAUAUGUUGGUGUUUUUUUAAUAAAAUGUGAAAAUAACUUAAGAA